GCCGUACCCUUACCUCGUGGUCGGCAGUUAAGGCACCACAGUACCAAACAACACAGACACUACCAACCACUCUCCGGAGGGAUAAAAUGGGUAAAAAAGGGAAAAAAAACGCUUAUGCCGACUGGGAAGACGACCUCGGUACCGAUAUUAGCGGUCAAAAUGCUUAUAAGGAACCUGAACCCGUAGAAGAGGAGGUUGAGGAGAAGAUGGAGAAGUUGGACUUGACUGAGACGGCUCCUUCUAAGAAAAAGAAGGGCAAGAAAGGAAAGAAGAACACUCCUUCUCCUCCCGUCGAGGAGGAGCUUGAAGAGCCCGAGGAACCCGUGAAAACUGGUCCCGUUGAACUCACUGCCGGUGUAAUCUCAGAGGAUGAAUUCGCCCCUAUCAAGCCUAAGAAGAACAAGAAGAAGAAGGCCAACAAGGUUGUUGAGCCUGUUGAGGAGGAGGUUGAUGUUGCUGUUCCUGAAAUUCGUAUUAAGUCGAAGAAGGAAAAGGAACGUGAACGUAAAGAGCGCGAAAAGCUUCGUAAAAAGCAGCAACAAGCCGCCAAAAAGGGCACUCCUUCUUCUCAAACUCCCGUCACCGGAACAUCGUCGCCUUUGGACAGUUCUGCUACAGAGGAGUCUGCCACUCCUAAGGAAGCCCCCGUCAAAACCGGCAAAGGAAAGAGAAAGGGUCCCAAUGUUGCAGCUCUGCAGAAGAUGCUCGAGCAACAACGUGCUCGCGAGGAAGAACUGAAGCGAGAGAAGGAGGAGGAGGAGCGUCGCAUUGCUGAAGAGCAACGCCGUCUCGAGGAAGAGGAACGCAAAAAGGAAGAGGCCAAGCAAAGAAAGAAAGAAAAGGAAAAAAGAAAGAAGGAAGAGUUAAAGGCUCAAGGUAAAUAUCUUACCAAGAAGCAGAAAGAAGCCAUGGCUCUGGCCGAACGGCGGAAAAAACAAAUGCUUGAAGCCGGUUAUGUCGUCGCUGGUCUUGCCGAAAAGGCUGAGGGUGAGAAGAAGGAGAAAAAGAAGAAGAAACCAGUUUAUGACAACCGUAAACGCUCUGGGAAGAGUAAUGCAUCUUCUGCCUCAUCUUCUGUUAUCUUAACACCUACUACAACUGAGGCACAAACUCCUUCCGAAACCCCAGCUUCUCCCGUCCCUUCAAAGUUGAAGGAGGAAGAAAAGGCCGCUGAGGAUGAGGCUAUGUUCGACAGCUGGGAGGCUGCUUUGGAUGAGCCUGAACCUGCUUCCUGGGAAGAGCAACUCCAAGAGGAGGAGAAACCCACUGAAGAUUCGAAGUCUUCUGAGGAUUCCAAGGCUAAAGCCAAGGACGGAAAGAAGGAGACGAAGAAUGACGUGGAUGCCAUUCCAGAGGCUGAAGGAAACACUGAUUCCAACGUCUCUAGCUCUAACAUGCGUUCCCCCAUUUGCUGUAUUCUUGGUCACGUCGAUACUGGUAAGACCAAGUUGCUUGAUAACUUGAGACGCAGUAAUGUUCAGGAAGGUGAAGCUGGUGGUAUUACUCAACAAAUUGGUGCUACUUACUUCCCUAUUGAUGCCCUUAAGGAGAAGGUCAAGGUUAUGGAGAAAGAAAGUAAAAUUGAUUACCAGAUUCCCGGUUUAUUGAUCAUUGAUACUCCUGGUCACGAGUCCUUCACAAACCUUCGUUCUCGUGGUUCUUCCCUUUGUAACAUUGCUAUUCUUGUUAUCGAUAUCAUGCACGGUCUGGAGCCUCAAACAAUCGAAAGUAUUCGUCUGUUGCGUGAACGUAAAACUCCGUUUAUUGUCGCUUUGAACAAGGUUGACCGUCUCUACGGAUGGCACUCUAUCAAAGACAACGCAUUCCAAGAUUCUUUGAAGAAGCAGAAGAAGGCUAUUCAACGCGAGUUCCAAGAUCGUGUGAAGAGUGUCAUCUUGCAACUUAAUGAGCAAGGUCUUAACGCUGCGCUUUAUUACGAGAAUAAGAACAUGGGUCGCUACGUAUCUCUCGUUCCUACUUCUGCCGUGUCUGGUGAGGGUGUUCCCGAUCUUCUCAAGCUGCUCAUUACGCUUACCCAAUCUCGUAUGUCCGAAAACCUCAAGUACCUCUCUAAAUUGGAGUGUACGGUUCUCGAGGUUAAGGUCAUUGAGGGUCUGGGUGCCACUGUCGAUGUCGUCUUGUCCAACGGUGUUUUGAGGGAGGGUGACCGCAUUAUCCUUUGCGGUAUGUCUGGUCCUAUCAUCACCACAGUCCGUGCCCUGUUGACUCCUCAACCGUUGAAGGAAAUGCGUAUUAAAUCUGCUUAUGUCCAUCACAAGGAAAUUAAGGCUGCUAUGGGUGUUAAAAUCUGUGCUAACGAUUUGGAUAAGGCUGUUGCUGGUUCGCGUCUCCUCGUUGUUGGUCCUGACGAUGAUGAGGAGGAACUUGCUGACGAGAUUAUGGAAGAUUUGGAGGAUCUUUUGGGACGCAUCGACACAUCUGGUGUCGGUGUUUCCGUCCAGGCAUCUACUUUGGGUUCCUUGGAGGCUUUGCUUGAGUUCUUGAAGCAAAUGGAGAUUCCAGUUUCCUCGGUUAGUGUUGGUCCUGUGUACAAAAAGGAUAUUAUGCGCAGUGCUACCAUGCUUGAGAAGGCACCUGAAUACGCUAUCAUGUUGUGUUUCGAUGUCAAGAUUGACAAGGAUGCCGAGGAGCUUGCUGAGCAAAUGGGCAUCAAGAUUUUCUCUGCUAACAUUAUUUAUCACUUGUUUGAUGCUUUCACCGCACAUCAGAAGCAACUCAUGGAGAAGAAACGUGAGGAGGGUAAGGGUGUUGCAGUUUUCCCUUGUGUCCUCAGAACUGUUGCCGCUUUCAACAAGCGUGAUCCCAUUAUUCUUGGUGUCGAUGUUGUUGAGGGUAUUCUUCGUACCGGAACGCCUAUUGUUGCAGUCAAGCCUGGCCCCGAUGGUGAAAACCAAGUGGUUGAACUUGGCACUGUCGCAAGUAUUGAAUCUAAUCACAAGCCUGUUGAGAAGGUCAAGAAGGGUCAAGCUGGUGCUGGUGUUGCCGUUAAGCUUGAGUCUAAUGGCUCACAGAUUUUGUUUGGUCGUCAAGUGGAUGAGAAGGAUAUGUUGUAUUCUCACAUUUCGAGACGCAGUAUUGAUGCGCUCAAAGAUCCAGCAUUCAGAAAUGAGGUUUCACGUGAGGAGUGGCAGCUUAUCAUCCAACUGAAGAAGGUGUUUGGAAUUAUUUAAAUUCUGCUUGUGUUUUCUUUUAUCGCUAAUGUGUAUGUUAUUUGCGUCCUUACUAACAAGGACGGUAAUUUGAGCAACACAAGCAUUUAUUUGCUGGCGAAAAAUGUACAAUCAAGCAAAUUCUUGGGCGCUUAAGGCGUAUAAGACAGGGUAAUGUUAGGAUUAUAAAUACUUUUGUUUGUUCUAAUAGUUCGGUGUGAGGUGGCAUUUGUUCGUAACGGAGUAGUGGGUCUCAGUACAAGUUCUACAUAGGGUUUUAUCGUGAUUAAGUUG